AUGUGGCAGCUUGCUCACCUAGAACCUGUUGAUCAGCUGCCUCUCGCUCGUAGCCCUCGCUGCUCAAGCUUUCAUCACAAGGCCUUUGACACUCGUCCAUCCCACUUGGAAGACAUGGCUCCGGCGAUGAAGUCCGCGAUGAAGUCCAAGGCCAUGAAGACCGGUGCCAAAGCCAUGACGAAGGCCCAGCUUGCCGACCAGCUCGCCACCAAGUCCGAGCUCAAGAAGAAGGAUGUCUUGUCGGUCCUGCAGAACCUUUCUGAAAUCGGUGCCAGCGAGGUGACCACUACCGGCAAGUUUGUUUUGCCAGGACUCUGCAUGAUCAAGACUCGUCAGAAGCCUGCCACGAAGGCUGGCACUCGCAUGAUUCGCCGAUGCCGCGCUGUGGUCUUCUUCAAGGGGGCCCAGCUCUGCGUUAAGCUUCAUCAACUCGCAUGA